AUGUUUCAAAGAGAGAUAAUACCAACAAAGCUAAACAUAACAACUGAGCAAUCAAAAUGCCCCUUGCAUUAUUUAAAUAAGCUCGCUCAUUCGAAAUCAGAAGCUUAUUAUAACGCUACGUUAAACGAAAUGAAGGAAAAUAUACCACAAACAGUGGUAACAUAUUUUUCAAAAAACUGGGAACAAAUUAAACAUAAAUGUGCAAAAUGUUUUAUAAAAUAUACCACAAACUUUUUCAACUUCAUCAAUAAUAGGCUGGAAAGCUUAAAUUCCAAACUGAAAUCUGUAAUUUCAACUUACAGCAACAUCUAUAUUUAUGGAGUUACUGACUACGGUGCCAUGAUAGCAAACCUCACAGCUGCAACUGCAGCAGAAACCUAUUACACCAAAACACUCUCAAAUAAUACAGUAAUAAUAAAUCCUACAAAUCCAGACACCUACCGAAAACUGAUUCAUCACCUUAGAAAUGAAAACAUUGUGCAACACACCUACCAACCCAAAGAAGAGAGGGCUUAUAGAAUUGUCAUAAGAGGAUUACACCAUUCAAUACCAACCGAAGAUAUCUCGAACGAACUAAACAAUAACGGUUUUAAAGUUCGCAAUAUAAUUAGACACAGAGUUAGUAAAGAACCUCUACCACUAUUCUUCGUAGAUAUAGAACCAGAUGAAAACAAAAAAAGACAUAUUUAACCUAAAAG